GCAAUAACAGGGAAGUACAUGAAGGCCAAGUUAUCCAAGCAAAUUCCUCUUGGUGUUGCCAAGUUGCUGCUUGCCUGGAAAAAAGACUGCUGGGAGUUGCUGCAUCGCCUACAGGGUUUAUCAGUGAGAAACAAUCAGGCUAUUCUUAGAGCUGUGUACUACAGGGCUCUGGAAAUGAGCAAAAAGGAGCCCAUUGAGCGACACAGACGCAAAACAGUGAAAGAACUGGCCCUGACCAAUUUCCAGCUUCAGAAAUUGACAAGAUUGUCCUCAAUGCCGGCGGAACUCAAUGUUCAGUACUUGAAAUCCAUGAAGACCUUUGCAGAUGCUUCAAGGAAGAUACUCACACUAGUUUUCUAUGAGCCUGACAACGUGAAGCUGGUGGAUUUGCUCUCAGUACUGGCUGAUGAAAGAGCCAAUUUUUUUGCAAUGACCGACCGGUUCCUUUUGGAGAAAUCUGCACUCAAGCGUUUCAGCAGGAUCCCUGAUCCCCAGCCCUUGUUUGUCACUUGAAGCACGAGAUAAUCUGCUAGCUCUUUUUUUUGUGGUUGAAAUUUUCAUUUCAGAAAUCGGAUUUUCUUCUCAUAAUCCCAGAUGACUGAACAUGAAGGUUUGACGUUUUGCCAUCGAAAAAUA